GUGUGCUGCAGCCCGCGCCACAACACCUCCAUCUUCCUUUCCCGGCCACGCGUCCCCAGAAUAAGGCAAAAUGUCGGCGGAACUGACCUGGCAAGUCAUUCGGAACAGUCAUGCACACCUGCUGAAGAAGAGGAACGUCAAGAAGCCUUUCUCGACUGAACCCAACAACCUGAAGAACGUGAACAGCCCACGCUACAAUGGACUCUGCAGGAGGAAGGUGAUCGGCAUUGAGCCUGCGUCUGGCGGCAAGGGAAUCAUCCUCUCCCACAAGACCGCCAAGUACCAGAACAAGCCGGUCAAGAAUGUUGUGAAGACCACCAUCAAGGCCGGUCCUCGCCGCGCCCUCAACUCCAUCCGCAGGUUUAUCCGCCACAACAGCUACAGGAAGGAUCUGAAGAUGGCCGCCCUGCGCCGUGCCUCUGCCAUCCUGAGGUCCCAGCGUGCCCAGCCCUUCAAGAAGGCUCGCCGCAGGACCCACAAGGCUGUGAAGAAAGAGUAAAUGUUCGUAAUAAAGGAAUAGUACUGUCA